CUCGUUAAAACAUUUCUCUUAAAAGUCUUGAUCGUCAUAAAAAAAAAGCAGAUGAAGAAAUGCAGACAUGUCAUACAAUCAAAGAAUAUUCCGAUUUAUUCGUUCAAACCUCCAACAACAACGACUACCAAACAGUUGACAUUGCAGAUGACGAAUGGGAGUAUCUGAGUGACAAUGACAAUAGCGCAGAAACUAUACUUCAAUACUUUCGCAAAACUAAUAAAGUAACAGUGACUACAGGCAUCGAGAAACAAAGGACGGUCGUGUUGGAUAACUUUGAGAGUUUGGAUAUCAGUGAGUCGAUAGGAAAUAAUAGAAGAGGACACAUUAUCAAUACAGGACAGUCUAUAUGGGGGCUAGAUUUUGUCCCUCAGCCAACGCCAGCGAACGAUAAUGCGAGGCAAAGUAGAAAUAAAAGAGCAAAAAUUGAGGCGGACAUAACGACAGAAUAUUUGGCAGUAGGAGGGUACAAUUCAACUGAAGAGCAUCAUUCUUUAGAUGAGGAGCGCUCUGCAGAAGAUCAAUAUAACGCCAUUCAAAUAUACGAACUGAGCUCUUUUACUGAAACAGCUAAAGCUAAAUCAAAGAUCCGCCUCUGCAUGUGUAUUUUGCAUGAUUAUGGUGUGGUUGUAGAUUUGAAAUGGUGCCCGUUUAGUAUUUUCAAUGAAAAUAGAAAACUGGGCAUUUUAGUCAUAUUAUUGAAUGAUGGUUCAUCCAUAGUAUUAGUGGUACCGUGCCCGGAAUAUGUUCGAAAAAAAUUGGCAUUAUCAAAAAAAGUGACAGACAAGGUUGUGCACAUCAGAGUAAAAAAACCUAGGCUUACACUGACCAUGGACAACAGUCUAAGUGGCUCUGUAACAGUGCAGAAAAUCAAUAAAUACACCUGUUUUUCCUGGGGAGGCAAUAAGCUUGCGUAUGGCACCAUGCGAGGCGACAUAGUGGUUUGGAACAUGGUUAAAUCUCUACAGCAAAAUAUACCCAGUUUACACAUCAUGAUACCCAGCUCUUUCCAUUUACCUGUCCGAUGUAUUAGUUGGAGAUCUCAUUUUGAUCCCUUCAUUUUGUUUUGGUCAGAUUUGGAUGGAAACUUUAUAGUGCAUGACUUGAGAGAUCCAUACGUUCCUUUUCGAAUUUUCAGAACGCGGCAACCAUUUGCUCGCAUUACGGGUCCGGGCCAUGGAACAGGGUUUUUGUAUGCAGAUAGUGAUCAAGUAGUUAGAAAAAAUGUAUACUUCAACACGAAGAAGGGAGCAGCUGUCACUGUAAAUCAUGGGCAGAUAUGGGACAUUGCUGUAAGUCCUCACAAUGACGUUGCACUUACCGUUAGUGCAAACGGGCUGGCUCUGGCCAAGGCCUUCAAAAAAGGCAACGAUGAGUAUUCAAAUGGCAAUCAUAGGUAUAUACCGCAGUGCACCAUAUACCAUCUCACAUCUGUUCCGGAAAGCAACACAUAUAUUUACCUUGAUAGCGAUGAACCCAUGGUAAAUUUGAUUAGUACUCGCUUGUAAAUAUCCAUAUUAAAUCUUGUUUCGUAUUUAUGAUAGAAUAAUACUCCUGUACGCAACUCGCACGACGUGUUUUUUGACCCACUUAUUGCGCUUCAGAAGGUAAUUUACUUGACACAUCCGUUGACAUACUAAAAAUCGUUCGAUUAUUUCUUAAAUAUUAUUUUUUGUUCUAAAAAAAGAUUACUUGGAAUCCUAACAAGCAUGCAUCAGGCUGGAUUGCUUCUGGUGGAGCUUCUGGUUUUUGUAGAGUGGAACUCAUUAGUGAAGUGAUAAAAUCAGCAUAAAGAAAAAUAAAGAUAAAAAAAAAAAAAAAA